AUGUCUAGGCACAGGCAAUUCAAGAGAGAUAUCGAAGAGGAUGAAGACUAUGAAGAUUUUGAUCCUAUGGAAGAUACAGAUAGCCCAGACUAUUAUAUCGCACGAGUUAUUGAAAAGACCGGACCAGCGCAUAAAGACCAAGUUUUAAAAGCUUUACAAGCAAAUGAUUGGAAUGUUCAAGCUGCAAUCAAAGUAAUCAAUGCAGCAAAACAAAAGACACAAAAGCCAGCACAAAAAGCUUCCCCACAAAAAGCUUCUCCACAGAAAAAUGCUGCCCCAGCCCCUAAACAGCCAGAAAUUAAGGUAGCUCAGCCUCAAAUAAAGAUUGCUGAGCCAUCAAAAAAAUUAGAAGAAGAUUUGCCAAAACUUGAUGCCAAAUCAAGCUCUACAGAAGAAGUCAAAACUCCGCAUAUUGAAGAAUCAAAAACUCCUAUUCUCUCCCCUCAAGUCUCUAAGCAGGAUUUAAAUGCAGAUUAUCCUGACAUUUAUCCAGAUAUGUAAACUUUAUUUAGAGUACAUGAUGGUAAACCUACAGUAAAUUUAGUUGUUAUUGGGCACGUAGAUGCAGGUAAAAGCACCUUGAUGGGCCAUUUAUUAUUUUUGUUAGGCUAUAUAGACCCAAAAGUUAUGCAUGCUUAUGAAAGGGAUUGUAAAGCCAUAGGAAAAGAUAGUUUUCAAUAUGCAUGGGUUUUGGACGGGACAACAGAAGAAAGACAAAGAGGUGUCACAAUUGAUGUAGCUUGCAAAGAAUUUUCCACUGAAAAUAGAGAAGUCGUCCUAUUAGAUGCACCUGGACAUAAAGAUUUUGUGCCAAAUAUGAUCAGUGGUGCUGCUCAAGCUGAUGCGGCAAUUUUAGUUAUAGAUUCUUGCCAAGGUGCCUUUGAAAGUGGCUUUGAAGGAGAAAAUCACCAUGGGCAAACAAAAGAGCAUAGUUUUCUAGCAAGAUCUUUAGGAGUUUCCAACUUAAUUGUAGGAGUCAAUAAGCUUGAUAUGAUGAAUUGGGAUCAAGGCCGAUUCUUAGAAAUCCAGAACAGGCUUAAUCCUUUUCUCAGGACUGUAGGCUUCCGUGAUAAUUCUGUGACAUAUAUCCCUAUAAGUGGACUUGGCGGUGUAAAUUUGACGUCAAAACCAGAAAUCCCUGAGCUGGCAUCAUGGUACAAUGGCCCUUGCCUAAUAGAGCUGAUAGAUAGUCUGCCACCCUCACAAAAAGAUGCCAAAAAGCCAGCAAGACUUUGUAUUAUGGAUUCAUAUAAACUGUCUCAUGGAACUUUAUUGGGCCAAAUUGUAUCAGGAAAAAUAGAAAGUGGGACAAUUAGUAUAAAUGAUAAGAUAGUCAUUAUUCCUACAGGAAUAAAAGGUAGAGUUAAAGCUAUUGAAAAAGCGGGCCAUUCUGCUACAAAAGCUUAUGCUGGAGAAAAUGUGGACGUUGUACUUAAAGAUGCCGAAGGCGAUUUUGGGCUGGUUUUACCAGGACAUGUGCUUUGCAGUGAGCUAUAUCCUGUUCCACAGGUAAAAAAUUUCAAAAUCAAAGCUGUCACCUUUGAUAUCCUUUUCCCUGUCACAAGAGAACAAAAUUUGAUCAUGCACAUUCAGUCUCUAAAAAUCCCAGUCAAGGUAAAAAGGAUUUUACAGCAGAUUGAUCCAAUAAAUGGAAAAGUUAUAAAGGAGCGCCCGAGGUGUCUUACGAAAUUUAUGUCAGCGAUAUUAGAAAUUGAAUCAAGCCGCAGAGUUUGUUUAGAAAAAUUCUCAAACUGCAAAGGGUUGGGAAGAGUCACAUUGAGAGAUCAUUCAGAAACAGUAAUGGCUGGGAUGGUAAUUGAGCUCUUAGAAUAA